CAGGGGCGGACUGACCAUUAGGAAGCUCAGGCACUGCCCAAGGGCCCGGGGUCAGUAGGGGGCCCCAUGAAAUGCCCCUGGUACCUUUUUCAUAGUCUUCUUUUUUAGUUUGGGCAAGGACACAGGGGCCCCAUGAUCCCCUAUUGCCCAGGGGCCCCAUGAGUUGUCCGUCCGCCCAUGUCCGCCCCUGCGCACGAGUGGAGAAAACCUGUCUCUAUGCAGGGUCAGUGUGGUCACUCUCUAUGCCCCAGGCAUUCCCA